CUUCUACGGGAGCGACAGGUUGAAGUGCGAGGAAAAGUAAAAGAGACUAGCUAUUUUUUUCUUCAAAGGACAACCCCCCCCCCAAAAAAAAUUAUACGAUCGCCUUUUAUUUUUGCCAUUGGAUCCAUAACACUGCGCAGGGGCUGGAUUAAAUUGAGACCACUUUUUGUGUUUUUCCUUUGAAAUUUUCUUUAAAAACACCGAACAACGAUGGGUUCCCAAGCGUCCAAAGGAGAGGUAGUCGUGGAGGCGAAAGCUGCUGCCGCGGACGCGGCUUCAGUCAAAACGAACGGACAGGAGAAUGGCCAUGUCAAAUCCAAUGGUGACGUCUCGGCCACAGAGACGGCUGCGACCAACGGUUCCACUGACGCCGCCGAGGAGCCCGAGGCUGGCGCGGGAGGGGACGCCAUCGAGCCAGCGCCAGCCGCCGACAAGGAUGCCGCCAAACCGGUAGGUGAGGCCGCCACCAAGGAUACCCCUAAGAAAAAAAAGAAGUUCUCUUUGAAGAAAUCAUUCAACUUCAAGGGCCUGAAACUGAAGAAGACCAAGAAAGAGGAGGUGGUGAAGGAGGAGGCGGCCGCUCCCGCUGAGGAGAAACCAGCUGAGAACGGAGCCGCUGUGGCUUCGGAGGAGAAGAAAGAGGAGGUGGUGAAGGAGGAGGCUACUGCUCCUGCUACAGAAGCCCCGAAGGCAGAGGAGGUGCAGGCUAAAGCUGAGGAGGUGAAGGAGGCUCCUAAGGAGGAGGUGAAGGUGGAGGUGAAGGAGGCGGCUGCCGCUGCUCCUGCCCCAGAGCCCACCAAACCAACAGAGGAGACCAGCUCGACCCCCACGGCAGCAGCUCCCUCCCAACAGAAAGCAGAGUGAUUGUAUCUUUACCCACAACAAGGACUGUGAACUGUUUUUCAAGAGAGAGAGAAAAAAAUUGAGUUAUAUAUAUAUAUAUAUUUAUAUAUGUGUGUAUAUGUAUACAUAUGUAUAGAUAUAUGUAUAUGUAAAUAUGUACACAUUUAUGUGAGAGACUCCUUCGUGCCACUUUUGUCAUGGUAACAAGAUGACAGACUAGAUUCACUAGUUCACUUCCCUGGUUACGACCCCUGGUUACAGCGAGACAUCUGAACCCGUUGUUAGUAUUAUGUGCUGAUUGCUGUGGGACAACGGGGAGAGUGGAAGACACAGUUAUGGAUGGGAGUUGAGUUGACGUGUCUUUCUCAAAACACCCAGCUCAAAAAGAUGCAUCAACGCGAACGAGCGAGACACCAACCAACCACCACAUUAAAUAAAAAAAUAAACAA